AUGACACCCUUCAACCCUGAGGUUUCCUCAGACCCACCUACUGCCACUGCAGCCCACCUGCUUCACAUCUGUACCCUCUUGCUGACUUUGGUCUACGUGGCUCAAGGCUCCAGGGGUCCUGUGGUACCCAACCGGCCCUUCAUCACAGUUUGGAAUGCAAACACCCAGUGGUGCCUGGAGACGCAUGGAAUAGAUGUGGAUGUCAGUGUCUUUGAUGUGAUAGCCAACCGGGGGCAGACCUUCCGCGGCCCUAACAUGACCAUUUUCUACAGCACGCAACUGGGGACCUACCCCUACUACACAACUACUGGGGAGCCUAUAUUUGGUGGCUUGCCCCAGAAUGCCAGCCUGCAUGCCCACCUGGCCCGCACAUUUCAGGAUAUCCAGGAUGCCAUGCCUGAAUCUGACUUCUCAGGGCUGGCAGUGAUUGACUGGGAGGCAUGGCGCCCACGCUGGGCCUUCAACUGGGAUACCAAGGACAUUUACCGGCAGCGUUCUCGGGCACUGGUAAGGGCACAGCAUCCUGACUGGCCAGAAACUUGGGUGGAGGCAGAAGCCCAGGCCCAGUUCCAGGAAGCUGCACGGGCCUGGAUGGCAGGCACCCUCCAGUUGGGACAGGCACUGCGUCCCCGUGGUCUCUGGGGCUUCUAUGGCUUCCCUGACUGCUACAACUAUGACUUUCUAAGGUCCAACUACACAGGCGAAUGCCCACCAGGCAUCUGUGCCCAGAACGAUCAGCUAGGGUGGCUGUGGAACCAGAGCCGUGCCCUCUAUCCCAGUAUCUAUCUGCCUGCAGUGUUGGCGGGCACAGGGAAAGCACAGAUGUAUGUACGUCAUCGUGUGAGUGAGGCAUUUCGUGUGAUUAUGGCUGCCAGGGACCCCAGUCUGCCGGUGCUGCCCUACACCCAGAUCUUCUAUGACAUGACAAACCGACUUCUGUCCCUGGAGGAGUUGGAGCAUACCCUGGGAGAGAGUGCAGCCCAGGGGGCAGCAGGAGUGGUCCUCUGGGUGAGCUGGGAAAACACAAGCACCAAGGAAUCAUGUCAGGCCAUCAAGGAAUAUAUGGAUACUACCCUGGGGCCCUUCAUCCUGAACGUGACCAGUGGAGCUCUUCUUUGCAGUCAAGCCCUGUGCUCUGGCCAUGGCCGUUGUGCCCGUCGCUCCAACCACCCUGAAGCUCUCCUUAUCCUCAACCCUGACAGUUUCUCCAUCCAGCUUAUGCCUGGUGGCAGGUCCUUGACCCUGAAGGGUGCCCUCUCACUUGAGGAUCAGGCACAAAUGGCUAUGGAGUUCAAAUGUCACUGCUAUCAUGGCUGGCGGGGAGAGUGGUGUGAGCAGCAGGGCAUGUGA